GUGUUGGUUGUUGGGUAACGGUUGAAGACAGUAAGAGGUGUUGGGGCUUUACAAGAAGCAAUUGUACUAUAGUGUAAUGUACAUGUGAACCUCCAGCGGAUUUCAGGUUAGGUAACCCCACAAGUCAGUGGCCCUUAGAUUUGCUCCCAAUCUACACAAAUCACAACAUCGCCAUCUCAAUGAGGCUGCUGGUGAAACAAACAAAUCUGCUGUUGUCCAAAUGCUCGGCGGCACUACGUCAACAGUUGUCCGCGGCGAAGUCAACCGGUUCGGUCACAAAAUUUGCUCCAACAGGUGUACAAUUAGAAAUUGAAAAUGGCAACAAACUGCUGGGGGCUGUACCAGCAAAGUCACCAGCAAUUGAGGCAUUGCAUGACAAUGAUAGUGUGAGCCGAACCCAUCAGUCCAGUCCGCUAACGGACACUUUCGGACGCCAUCACACAUACCUACGCAUAUCGCUAACUGAGCGCUGCAAUUUGCGUUGUGAGUACUGUAUGCCCGCAGAGGGCGUCACCCUGCAACCCAAAUCCCAGCUACUGACCACCGAUGAAGUUCUGCACUUGGCGCGAAUAUUUGUAGAGCAGGGUGUGCGAAAGAUUCGUCUGACCGGUGGUGAGCCAACAGUGCGUCGGGAUAUUGUCGACAUUGUGGCACGGAUAAAGGAGUUGCCCCAACUGGAACAUGUGGGGAUUACGACCAAUGGAUUGGUGCUCACGCGCUUGUUGCUGCCUUUACAGCGAGCUGGUCUAGAUUCGCUGAACAUCAGUCUGGAUACGUUGAAGGUGGACCGCUUUGAGAAAAUAACGCGUCGAAAAGGCUGGUCGAGAGUCAUUGCCGGCAUUGAUUUGGCCAUACAGCUGGGGUACCGGCCAAAGGUCAACUGUGUGCUUAUGCGGAAUUUCAAUGAGGAUGAGAUUGUUGAUUUUGUAGAGCUAACACGGGAGCGUCCCGUCGAUGUACGCUUCAUUGAAUACAUGCCCUUUACGGGCAACAAAUGGCAGACAGAACGCUUAAUUUCGUAUCAAGAAACGUUGCAAAUUAUAAGGGCCCGUUGGCCCGAGUUCCAGGCAUUGGACAAUGGACCCAACGACACGUCCAAAGCAUAUGCCGUGCCUGGCUAUGCCGGCCAGGUGGGCUUCAUCACUUCGAUGACAGAACACUUUUGUGGAACGUGCAAUCGCUUGCGCCUGACAGCCGAUGGCAAUAUUAAGGUAUGUCUGUUUGGGAACAAAGAAUUCUCUUUGCGCGAUGCGCUGCGCGGUAACUGCACGGAGCAGGAGUUGGUUGAGCUAAUUGGGGCUGCUGUGCGUCGCAAGAAACAAAAGCAUGCAGAUACCCAUCAAAUGCAUCUUCCACAUAUCCAUUUACCAUUGCCACUGCAUCUUCUCCAAGCUCGCCUGCCCGCCCUGCAGCUGCGGCACUGCAGUAGUCUGACUCAUGUGAAUGCCGAGGGUAAGGCACAGAUGGUGGAUGUGUCAGAGAAGUCUAACACCACACGCACAGCAAGCGCUGAGGCCAUAGUGCUCGUUGGAGCUCAACUAACAGCGCUGAUAGCCGCCAAUGAGCUGGCAAAGGGUGAUGUCCUUAGUGUGGCACAGAUUGCUGGAAUUUUGGGCGCAAAACGCACCUCCGAGCUAAUCCCAUUAUGCCACAACAUUAGCCUCUCCUCAGUCAAAGUACAAGCCACACUGUUGGCGCAGCAACAGAGCGUUCACCUGCAAGCCACUGUACGUUGCAGCGGCCAGACUGGAGUCGAGAUGGAAGCACUCACCGCCGUGUCCGUUGCCGCGUUGACGGUCUAUGACAUGUGCAAAGCAGUAUCCCAUAAUAUAUGCAUCACAAAUGUACGCCUGCUGAGCAAGUCGGGUGGCAAGCGUGAUUACAACCGCGAGAAUCAUCAAUAAAUUUCACAUUUCGCUCUC